GGGGAGAGAGAAGAGAGAGCUGUCAGUGUUCGUGGGAGAAGGGGGAGUGGAAGGAGUCGGUCCAGCAUCUCCGGAGCAGCGCGGCGCGACGCGGGAGGACGGAGACGCACAUCGGCGUCAAAAUAUGAGCAGAUCUUCAGCUCCAAGCCCGAAUGUUUGAGAAGGCGUCGGAGGUUUAAAGACUGACCCCCGUCGGCGGCCUGUAGACCAGCCGCGGAGAGAUCUGACGUGUGUCCUCCACCUCGAUGCGAUAUGCGGAGAGGCUCUACCGCCCGCUGGUAACGCACAAGAACCCAAGAUGAAGAAGCAGUUCAACCGGAUGAGACAGCUCGCCAACCAGACUGUGGGCAGGGCUGAAAAAACAGAAGUAUUAAGUGACGACCUACUACAGGUGGAGAAACGUCUGGAGCUGGUGAAGCAGGUGUCCCACAGCACGCACAAGAAGCUGGCCGCGUGUCUGCAGGGCCAGCAGGGCGUGGACGUGGACAAGAAGUCGGUCAGGUCGCCCUCGAAGAAGCUUCCUCUCACAACACUAGCACAAUGUAUGGUGGAGGGGGCAGCGGUGCUCGGGGACGAGUCUCUCCUCGGGAAGAUGCUGAAGCUCUGCGGCGAGACGCAGGACAAACUGGCUCAGGAGCUCAUGCUGUUCGAGCUCACCAUCGAGGGGGACGUGGUGGAGCCGCUGUACGACCUCGCAGAGGUGGAAGUCCCAAAUAUCCAGAAGCAGAGGAAGCACCUGGCCAAGCUGGUCCUGGACAUGGACUCAGCGCGCACACGGUUUUAUCAGUCGACCAAGUCUUCAGGACUCUCCAGAGACCUGCAGCCAUCGGGAGCCAAGGCCGACCACCUCAGGGAGGAGAUGGAGGAGGCAGCCAACCGCAUGGAGAUCUGUAGGGAUCAGUUAUCAGCAGACAUGUACAGCUUUGUGGCCAAAGAAAUCGACUAUGCAAGCUACUUCCAGACACUGAUAGAGGUCCAGGCCGAAUACCACAGGAAGUCGUUGGAGCUGCUGCAGAGCGUGUUGCCACAGAUCAAAGCUCAUCAGGAGACCUGGGUGGAGAAGCCCUGCUACGGGAAGCCAUUAGAGGAGCACUUAGCGCUCAGCGGGAGAGAUAUUGCCUUCCCCAUCGAGGCCUGUGUCACCAUGCUGCUGGAGUGUGGCAUGGAGGAGGAGGGUUUGUUCAGAAUCGCUCCGUCGGCCUCCAAGCUGAAGAAGCUGAAGGCGUCCUUGGACUGCGGCGUGCUGGACGUUCAGGAGUAUUCCGCAGACCCGCACGCCAUCGCAGGAGCUCUGAAGUCGUACCUGCGGGAGCUCCCCGAGCCGCUGAUGACAUACGAGCUCUACGAGGACUGGAUCCAGGCCUCCAACAUUCAAGAUCAGGACCAGAGGCUGCAGGCUCUCCUGAACGCGUGCGAGAAACUCCACUCAGCCAACAACAGCAACUUCAAAUAUUUGAUCAAAUUCCUCUCCAAGCUGACGGAGUACCAGGAGUUCAACAAGAUGACGCCUGGAAACAUCGCCAUCGUCCUCGGACCGAACCUGCUGUGGAUGCACGACGAAGGCAACAUCACGGAGAUGAUGACCACGGUUUCGCUGCAGAUCGUUGGCAUCAUCGAGCCCAUCAUCCAACACGCCGACUGGUUCUUCCCCGGAGAGAUCGAGUUCAACGUCACGGGGAACUACGGCAGCCCGGUCCACGCCAACCACAACGCCAACUACAGCUCCAUGCCGUCCCCGGAUAUGGAGCUGGUGGAGCGCAAACAGCACGACCAGAGCCGGCGGCCGCUCAGCGUCGCCACGGACAACAUGAUGCUGGAGUUCUACAAGAAGGACGGCAUUAGGAAGAUUCAAAGCAUGGGUGUCAGGGUGAUGGACACCACGUGGGUGUCGCGCCGGGGCUCCUCCUCCUCGCGUAAAUGCUCUUCUACGCCCCCGAGCGUACACCCCCCGCUCCCGCCCGCCGACGGGCUCGCCCCCGAGCCGCCCGGGGGUUUCUCUGCCUGCCCCUGCCCCGCCCCCCCCCCCACUAACGGCGACCGAGCCAGCUCCGACGAGGCGUCCUCCAAUUGGUCGGACUCCUGUUACGUCGACCCCUCUCCCGAGGAGGAGAGGCCGCCUCCCCCUUACCCCUCUUCCUCCUCUUCCUCCUCCUCUUCCUCCUCCUCUUGCUCGUCCUUCUCGCUCCCGCACCAACAUGUGUACGCCCGGGCACCUCCGUGUAUGCGCCCCGUCGCCCCCGGCCCCGAGUCCGUGCCCCCGGGCCCGCCCCCUCCCUCCCGCCUCUGUGGCCGCAGCCCCCCCCCGCCCCCCCACCCCCUCUGCCCGUCUCCUCAGCCGCUUGAUGUCAACUCCAACCCAAAACCCAGCUCCUUGCACCUGCCCAGACAGGCCCCCGCCACGUCCGGCGCUUUGCAUGCGGCCCCCCCGGAACACAAUGGCUCCGCCCUUUACAUCAAACCCCCGCUCGUUCUUACCCGCCACGACCUUUUCCCGGGCUCCCCCAAACCCCCCAACGUCCCGCUGUCUGCUCCCCCCCCGUGGGCGGCUUGUGCCUGUAGCCGGGAGAGAGGAGCCAUGCCGACUAGCACCCUGAAGAACAAGGAGCUGUCUCCGGUGAUCGGACAGAAGGGCCUCCACGGGACCAUGUCUGACCACAGCCCCCACACCCUGAGGAGAGCAAAGAAGCUGGCGCCGAUCCCCCCCAAAGUCCCGUACUGCCAGUCGGGAGCCAUGUCCGACCAGUCGACGGGUCAGCCGUCCCCGGUCAGCCUGUCGCCGACCCCCCCCAGCACGCCGUCCCCGUACAGCUUCAGCUACCCGCAGGGGUACGCCACCAUCGGCUCCCCGGGGGGGAUCCAGGUGGCCGCCGCCCCGUCCCUCUCCUCGCCGCCCUCGCUGGCCGGGACGCUGACCAAGGCCCGGCCGACCCCCAAGCCGCCGCGCCAGAGGCCCAGCCUGCCCCCGCCUCAGCCCCCCGGCACGCCCGGCACCAGCCCCCAGCCUCUGGACCACUCCACGGGCCUCCUGGAGGGUUUGUCCCCCGGGGAGAGCAUGUCCACAGAUUAUCUCUGCAACCUGGACAUCCCCUUCAUCAACCUGGACCUGGACGGUAUUUUUGACUUGCCCCACAUCUCCACCUUCAGGAACUCACUGGCACUGUUUGGAGCCACCGACAGCGGGGCGAAGCCGGAGGAGGAGUCCGAGAGCACAGUGCUAUGACGUCACUGAGGGACCCCCCCCCCCCCCCCCCCCCCGCCCCCCCCCCAUCAGCUGAUCAAAUGAAACCCCACCAUAAGGCUGCACGCCCUUCUAGUUCAUUGACCUUUCACCUCUCAAGCUGGUGUACUUCAGCCUCCGCUUCACUCCAUACACAACGAAAAGAAAUCAUCCGAGACUGAAUCUGACAUUUUAUGUUGGCUGUUUUUUUCUUCUUCUUCUUUCUAAUUGAAUUUAGUGUUUCUUUGCCUUAUUUGACUCACUUUGCAAUAUUGCCUUUAAACGUGAGAGCGGAGACGGGCUGCAGGGAGGAUCGAAGGCUCCCCGCGGCUUUUCAGCAGUGAGUUUUAAAGAAGGAAGAACGCCCCCCCCACCACAACCCCCCACCUCGCCGCCUCCUCCUCCAGUCCUCAGGGGUCUCCGUUUCAGACGCCUCGCUCGGCCCCUAAAUUCCUGUCCCGCUGUGAGUCUGACGUUACGUAGUUUUGGAAAGUGUGUGUGUGUGUGUGUGUGUGUGUGUGUGUGUGUGUGUGUGUGUGUGUGUGUGUGUGUGUGUGUGUGUGUGUGUGUGUGUGUGUGAGAGAGAAUGGUUCUCCAUGAUGUUGCACUGUUGGUUGUCCUAAAACAGGAGAUGCAGGAACGCCCCAUUAAAAACCUUUUAUCUCUGUAUUUACAUCAAUCAGGAUGCAAAUCGCUUAAUUAAUUUAUUGUUCAUGCUUCAUGCAUUUUUAGAAUCUAAAAUUAUAAAUCAGAUGCUAUUUUGUAUCCGCAGGAGAGGUACGAAGACACUAUUUCCUCCGGAUAAAAUAUAGAUGCCCUCACAGAGGAAAUAAAUAUAUGAGACAUAAAAGGUACAAAAUGGAAUAAUGGGGGCGGCUUUUAAGAAUGCCCGAAGGAAGAUGAAAAACGUUCCAUAUCGAGGUGUUUCAUAUUUGAAAUCGUGCCGUUGAGUCCGCUGGGAGACUUGGACGCGGCGGGGGCAUAAAUAAAUAAAUAAAUAAACGGACAGUGAAACAUCUCAACAGAACGCUGCAUUAAACCCGUCGUGACGAAACCAGUUAAACUGCACACCUCGGGCUGCGUGCGGGACGUCCUGGAGACGAUAAGUCCCCCCCCCCCCCCCCCCCGAGGUGUGAUCACAUCCCAUCAUGUCAGAACGAGACGCUGAACAGAAGCACACUUUUCUUACACAUGGCAGUUUAUAGGAACCCCGUCUGAUGAGGCUGAUAUUUUUAUUCUAUAUAGAUGAACAAGAGGCAAGUGCAAAGAAAUGUGUAUAUGUGUUUAUUUUGAUGAGAGUAUUUAUACAGAUAUAUUUCUGAAUACUUUUUACUAGGUCUGAAGUGUUGUGAUGUGUGAAUGUCAUCUGAGGAAUUAAAAAAAAAAAAAAAAAAAGAAAGAAAUUUCAAA